CAACUGCGCACGAACCGCCCAUCGACAUCGGCCUCCCCCGAAUGAAUUGGAUCCCCGGCAUUCUUUUGGGCCUCAAGUCGGCCAAAGUGGCCGCCAAGACGGCGUCUAAGACAGCCAGGAUGACACCAAGACGGUCCAAAACCACUCAAGAGGCAUCCAAGAAGCAUCUGGCCCACGGAGGCUCCCCGAGCUCUCCUGAAGCGUCGUGCCUGGAUGAGCUGGCGGGGACACGCGGAACCUCGAUCGUCCAAAUUCCUUCCUGCUGCGCUGUUGCUCAAGCGCGGCGGCGGGGCUCGCCGCAGGCAGCUGGAUAAUUCUCACGGGCCAGGGCUCCGCGAGCCUCCCGCGUGCCGCGAGUCGCCGCCCACUCAAAGAAAAAGAAGCUAACGCCGCGGCAGCUGGCGGGGCCUGGCGCCGCCCACCAGCGCGCCGGCCUACCACGGGGCGAAGAACCCGUUGCUGUUGGCGAGGACGGAGCCGAAGAAGGCGAUCGUCAUGAUGUUCACGUAGGUGUCCGGCAAGAAGUCGAUCUCGCGGUUCGCGACGGCCACCGCCGCCGGCGACUCCUUGGUCCCCUUCCCUCCCAGCGCCGCGGCGCCGGCCGCGCCCGCGGCGCCGAGGCCCGCGGCCUUGCCGCCCGCCGCGCCCGCCGCCCCCGCCGCUGCAGCCUUGGCGCCGCCGGCCGCUGCCGCGCCCGCGACCGCCUUCGCGCCGCCGGCCGCCGCCGCCGCCGCCACGGGCUCCGCGCGGAGGGCGACCUUGGAGAGCCCGGCUUCCCCGGGGAUCCCGACGAACGCCUGGUGGAGGGCGGCGCACGCCACGAGCGCGACCACGGCGCAGGGCAGGGCGACCGAACGCGUGCGGGCCAUGCUGCCGGCUCUCUCUGGCUGCGGCAGGCCGGUGCCAGAAGGGGAACUGCGCGCGGGUCCGCGGGGGGAGGGGGUCCAAUCGGAGCCAACGAGCACGGGCGGAAAACAACUCGAGCCAAAACGGCUGAUGACGGGUUAACUGACACCGCCACGGACCAGGAGCCGCCGACCUAUGGCAGUGCUCUGCUGUGCGAGGCGCCAGCAGCUGUCAACAAAGCACUGCCAUAGGUCAGCCCCCCCUGGUCUACAGCGGUGGCAAUGGAAACUAGGCCCACAAGCCGCGUCCUGCCUGCAGCGCUGACCAACAAAAAGAGCCCGAGAGCGCCAUGACAAGACCUCUGUCGACCCUAUGUUCUCGAGCCGCCGAACCCUGCAGAUCUCGACCACUUCUUGCAAGGGCCUUCUGGUUUU